AACACGGAAGCCUUACGUUAACACAGAAGCAAACCAAAACACACGGGAGAAUUUUGGCCGAGUUGAGUUCCAGAAAAAGUGAAACAAUGAGCUUAUGAAAACAAAACAGCGAAGUGUGGAAGGAAACAAAAUCGACAAUGAUGCCAAUUGCAGAUAAUCAAAUGCCACAACCAGAACAACAUCAAGUGGACUACAAACAAAAAUACAAGGCUUUGAAGAAAAAACUUAAGUUUCUUGUUUAUGAACAAGAAUGCUUUCUUGAGGAGCUGAGAAAAGCUCAGAGAAAAUUAUUGAAGAUAUCUAGAGAUAGAAGUUUUCUGUUGGACCGACUCAUACAGCAUGAGAAAAUAGAUGAAUCUUCAGGGGACUCCGACGCAACAGCCUCAAGUGAUAGUGAGGUUGAAAGUCAAAGUUCAAGAAAAAGGAAAGCUGGCCUGAGUCCAGGUCAGGGUGCCCAGUAUAGUGGGGACCCUGCAGCAAUAUUAGGGAGCCAUGGGACACCAGGAACUCCUUCUGGGGCGUCUAGUCUGUUGAUGGCAGCAGAGCCAGCCAAGAAGAAGUCUAAAUCAAGCGCAAAGAAAGGAGUGCUGUCUAAAGGAGGUAAGGUACCUCAAGGUAAGGAGAAAGUAGCAAGUCACAUGACCAGAGAAGAGCUUGAGCGUCACCUAGAAUCACGACAGAAUGUGUUUGGUAUAGAAAAAGCCCCCAUGAUGUUGCCAAUGGAAAUCUUCAGUAAUGACAACUCAAAUCCAGACAGUGAAUCAGCACUGGAAAACCUGAAAGAAGAAGAUGAUUGUGAUUUAAUUGUGGAUUCCGGACAGUGAAUAUUAAGUAGUGAUUUACAAAGUGAACACGUCACUGUGACAAUAUCAUCAUAUGGAUUGAAAAGUGGUCAGACUUUAGAAUCUCACGGAGAAUCACUGGAGCCAAGUGAAUAAAGAUUCAUAAAUGACAUGUAUUCUAUAAAACAAGUUGACCUAUCUUAAUACUAGUUUGGUUUCAUCAUUUGAUGCCACUGUUACAUCUGUCUGAAGAUCAGGGUCUUUGAUGUCGUAUUGGAGAAAGUGAUGCGAGAUUGGCUGUGUGUACUAGUAUUGUUUACUUAUAAAUAUGCAUUUAAUUUGUGCUGUGUGAUAAAUGGAAUAGUAAAAUUGCAAUAUGCCGUUUGGCUGCGAGUAUAUAUAGAAAAUGUUUUUUUCUUCUUAAUUUCAUUCUCAUGGAUGGCAUACAGCCUUGACUCUAGUACAUCUUGUAUAUGCUUUCCUUGAAAGAAAAUCAUGCAUUUAGCAUUUGACAAAUUGCAUAAUGUUGUAAAAAGUGUUCAGAAGAAAUUGUCUAGUUUUGAUGGAUUGUACGAGGUAAUGUAACUGCGAAUUAAUUUUUUUCAUCAGUCAUUUAUAUUCAUUUUGUAAUUGUCUUGAACUUUCAUGUAUAAAGGUUCUGAUAAAUACAUGUAGGUACCGGGUAUUGUUCUCAACUCUCAGAAAUAUUAUCUCAUGAAUUAUUUAAAAAGGAAUUACAGCAAAUAUCAUCAAUGGUUACAUAAAGUAACUAAUAUUCCAAUGUUUUACAUGGAGUGUGUAAGUGGUGUGUUGAUUGAAAGGUUGAUGUACUGUACAACAGAUCGUUGUAGGUAUGAUGUGCCCAGUGUUGUGUAUGUACUGUAAGGCAUGUUAUAACAACUGGUGUAACAAUAUAAGCGAAUCAGUAGUAAAAUAUAUUGAUGAAAAUUAC